UUUGACGUUGAAAGUACCAAAAAAAGCCAACAAAUGAUUGAAAAGAUGAAGCAGAGUUUCGAAGAAAAGAAACAGGAAAAGAGCCUUUUAGAAAGUGAGGGACAGAAAGUGAACGAAAGCAUCGACGAUUUGCAAAUUAGUGAAACCAACUCCAGAGAGGCGAUAAUGAAAAAACAGUUACAAAAAAAUAAUUACCAAAAUGACAAAAGAUUUGCGGGAUUGUUUGAACAGAAGGCGCAAAUUGAAAGCCAAAUCAAAGUUGAAGAAGAUAAAAAUUUGAUUAACAAAAUUGGAGAGUGUGAAAAGAAGAAGAAAAACAUUGAGAAGGAACGCGAGAAGAAUGAGAGUGAUAGAAUGAAGUUUGAGGGGCAACUUGAGGAAAUCAAAAAAUCGAUCAAAAAGGCUGAAGAAAAGAAAAAGAACAUCGGGAAUGAUGGCAAACUCGAGCAAGAAUACGACUAUUUGACGUUUUUGAAGAUUGGUCAGACAAAUGUUAUAUCUGACUUGAAUAAAAUCAUCGUCUCUGUGGAUAGUGCAAUGGCAAAAUACCACGAGGAAAAAAUGAAAGAGAUCAACAACACAAUUCAUGAUUUGUGGGAUGGGAUUUACAUUGCAAACGAUAUCACAGAUGUGAAAAUUAUUGCGGAUGUUGAAGAAAAGAAAACGACAACACGAAGAAACUUUAGCUACAGAGUUGUCAUGGUGAAAGAUAAUGUGGAAAUGGAUAUGCGAGGGAGGUGCUCGAUGGGGCAAAAAGCGCUCGCGUCUUUGAUUAUUCGAAUUGCGUUGGCAAAGACUUUUUGCACGAAGUGUGCUGUUUUGGCACUGGACGAACCAACAAUCAAUUUGGACGCAGACCAUUGCUCAAAUUUGGCUACCCAAUUGGUCAAGUUACUGAGUGAUGAUGGGAAGCUUGCACAGUUCCAAAUAUUUCUGAUCACUCACGAUCAAGACUUUGUCAAAAAGAUGAAAGACUUUGGGAAUGAGUUUUACAGAAUAGACAGAGAUCAAAACAACUGUUCGUGUGUGAAACGUGAAAUAACGAGCACGCUUUUAUGA